CCAUAGGCGUUCAGAAAGUUUGGUUAUAGGUGGUGGUGGUGGUGGUGGUGGUAAACUUUAUUGAAAAGGGGAAGGGGGAAUUCUUCGUGGGUUUUUCUUUUUUGUUUAACAUAGGUAGAACGAGUGUAGAACCUUAGGCAAUAACAUGAGCUUGGUGAAGCAACCCACCGCCCCGUUCCGAAGGGGACGCCCAUAGCAUCCAUCCAUUCACCCUUCCAUCCAUGUAUAGACAGCAGAAUAUCUGUGGAAGGAAUUUUGCUGGGUCCUGGCGCGCUGUUCGGCAGCUGCGUCAACCGCGAUUGUACGAUUUUUAUGUUUCUUUGACAUCGACUCGAGAAUCUCGGAACUCUGUGCAGACGGCACGUGAUGAAGCAGCAUUCUUUUGCGCUCUAGCCAAUCGUGCUUUCCACUGUUAUCUCGACACGCCUUAACAAGACGCCUGAAGGGGCUCGUCGAGUGGUGCGGUGGCGCGUUUCAUUUGAGCACUUCAGCGCGGCUGGAGCUACUUGCAGUCGAAACCGCUGUUUGCCUGGUCUGUACAGCUGCUCUGCGAUGGAACCCAACAAUGGAUCUCGUUGUGUCUACCUCGACUAUAAUGCAACUGCCCCCGUGGAGGAAGAGGUGCAGAAAUCCAUCAUAUAUGCCCUGCAGGUGGCUUGGGGAAAUCCAACAAGCAACCACGAUGGAGGAGCUGAAGCACGCAGGAUUAUAGAUGAAGCUCGUAUUUCAGUUGCGAACAUGAUUGGAGCAUCAUCACCAGAAAUUGUCUUCACAUCAGGAGGGACGGAGAGCAACAACAUGAUUAUUCAUUCACUUGUGCGUCACUUCAAGAAGACAAGGAGCAGCUUUGCAUCUCUCUCAAACUGCAGGAUUCCUCAUUUUAUCACGAGCAACAUUGAGCACAAUUCAAUCGUGCUCACAUUGAAAGACUUGUAUGAAGAUGAGCGCAUAGAUCUCACAAUUGUUCCUGUCUCAAAGGCCACUGGUAGUGUGUCUGCUGAAGAAAUUGUGUCGGCUAUUCGUCCUGAGACUUGCUUGAUCACCAUCAUGCUGGCAAACAAUGAAACUGGAAUAAUUCAGCCAGUUGAGACUAUUGGGACUCUUCUGAAAGAUGUCAACCAGCAAAGAAAGAAAGACAGCCUCCCGGAGGUUCUUUUUCACACGGAUGCUGCACAAGCACUUGGCAAAGUGGCUGUGAAUGUGGAUGUUCUGAAGGUGGACUAUUUGACCAUUGCAGGGCAUAAGUUCUAUGGACCUAGAACAGGAGCCCUGUACUUUCGAGACUCUAAGCCGCUGUAUCCACUCCUGUUUGGUGCAGGACAGGAAGGUGGUCUCAGGCCAGGGACGCCCAACACUUGCAUGAUUGCUGGAGUUGGAACAGCAGCAAAGCUAGUAGUCAAGAACCUGGACAUGUAUCAUCGGCUUAUGAAAGAUUCAAGAGACUAUUUGGAGGAAAAGCUGAAGGAGGUGUUCGGGCCCUUGGUGUCUUUCAACCAUAGAAAAGGAACCCAGGCCCUGCCAAACACCUGCAGUGUAUCAUUUGCCGGAAUGAAGGGUCCUGAAAUUUUGGCCAAGGCAAAGUAUGUUCUAGCGAGCACAGGGGCUGCAUGUCACCACACUGCAACCCCCUCAAGAGUGCUGUUGAAUUCUGGAGUCACGGAGGACAAUGCUCGUGGAACACUUCGACUGAGUACAGGGAGGACAACGGCUCGUGCUGAUGUGGAUGCUGCUGUCAGACUCCUUCAAGAUGCAGUGUCAGCUAUACUGAAGGAACAUUCUUCCGAGUAGUUGUACUGUCAGCAUAUGUUAAAACAUGAACAAGUGAAUAUAUGAUAAACUGCAACUUCAAAUUUGUACGUUUGGCUGCUUUUUGUGGCACAGGUGUAAUGUGAUGCUAAGUUCAGAAGCAGUAGCAUGUCUAACAUUUGACGCAGUUAUACUGCAUCAUACCUUUAAUUCUACACGAGAGGGGUUCUUACUUGUUCUUGUUUUAUUUUAUGCUCUAAUGCUACUUAACACUUCCUUUCUUUUGAUGGUUUGUUGGAUGCCUGAAACUUGUUCAGUAGCCUGCUGCAGUGGCUUAGUUACCGUAAUUACUCGAACCUAAGCCGACCCCCGAAUGUCCGAAGCCAGAAAAAAAAAAAAAAACUUACCUCAAAUGUAGACCAAACAAAAAAGUGAGGACAGCAUUUACAAAAUGAAAACAGCAUUUAUUUAAUAUGAACAAGCCGAGCUCACUCUACGUUAUCAUCGCUGCUAGCUUCGUCGCUAUAGCCCAGACCACACGCACGCUUGCGGACGCGCACUCGUGUAUGCGCAGACAGUGUGACACGACUCGCACGCAUCGAAACGCGGCGCGAUCUCGGUGAACAACUCCUUUCUGUUGUCGCGCACUUAUCUUCCUUAUCGCUGUCAUCUUGUUGCGGCUCACGCAAAAAGCGUCCCCUGUUGCCCUUCCCAUUGACGGACGUUUUUCUCAUCGAUUCUGAAGCCCCGCCCGGCUUGAACGAUUGACGAUGCCUCUGCGGCUAGCACAACUUUUCCUUUGAAAGCGGCACUAUAAUAGCAUCACCUGUUUGGUGUCAUUAUGAUAACACGAUAACAUCACGCUAUGGGAUACGCCCAUAGCGUGAUGUUAGGUUGCGAACGUAGUUCCCGCGCCUACUAGGGCGCCCCUCGCGGCGGCGAGCGCAGACCUGGCAGGAUGGGCGUCUUGCGCUGGAGUUUGAGGUAUAGUAGCGGCGCCUGGUGGCGGCGCGGGAAACGACAUCUGGGUCGUACCAGCUUGGGUCGUAUUGAGCCCUGGCUUUGGCGAAGCACGUUUCUAGGCCGAGUUUUGCGUCGAUUCGCACUUUUUUCUGCCCUGUUGCGAGUGCGAAAAGGCUCGUAACUUCUCACAGACCACGUCGACCACGCUGCGAGCUGGUCGCAGCCUAUAGUUUAACGAAAACGGACUCUCCGUGUGCCGUGGGACGUAACGCUGGAAGCAGAAGGGAUCGGCGACGCCGAUCCGGAAGGACCUAGCUCAGCAUCGAAAAAGCGUCACCGUCGAUACUGCUGCGUCGUGGGCUGCCAUGAACAAGAAGGCCUGAAUCCCAACAUCCGAUUCUAUCGUUUCCCUUCAAGGCCUCACGAAGCGGAGCGUCGGGCGUGCUGUAUAACUGCAGUUCGUCGCGCUGGGUAAGCGAAACUUCGCGCCAUGCUGACUGCUUCACCUGUCUUGAAGCUUGCUUGAUUAUAGAUCUGCGUUUCAAAAAUUUGGUCUUUUGCACCUACAGUCCCGACGGCAGACCGACAUAGCAGCAGGCAUGGCUGGUGAUUCACGAUUCGAAACCCGGCCACAGCGACAAUUAACAAUUCGACCGGUGCGAAGUGGUGAAGUGCCCAGGUGUGUGCAAAUGACCACAGAUGGCUGGGCUGAUUCGGUGACAAUUCACUACCCCACUACUAGCAGCACAGGUUAGAGAGUUAAAUGUGCUCAUACUUGACCUCAAGCCAGCAUGUUGAGGCAGCGCAGCAAGAUAGUAUUGAUUACAGCAGAUCGAUUUUCGAGCGUUGUCAUUAAAAGCUACAUGAAGCGAGCAGCGCACGAGCUCGCGCUGCAGCGCGAUUCGCACGUACGUGCGAGCUCAUAUGCAUUGCAUCAGUUAUUACCAGUUACUAAAAGGGACAGACGGCCGCUACUACAACGCAGGCAUAACUACUUGUUUAGCGGCAUGCAGUCAACAAAGAUUGCAGGAGACCCGCCGUUUCGCGGCAUGUCGAAAGACCGCUGCCGUCGCGGCGCGUACGAUCGUGCGCUCGAGCAGUUCGUACAUCGCGGCAUGCUGAAAGACCACUGCCGUCGCGGCGCGUGCCGUCGUGUGCUCAAGCAGUUCCGUACACAUGAUGUCUGCUUAUCGCUGCUGUGGAUUCAUUUAUAGCGAGCAUUUCCUCGCGUUUGUGCGCCUGAAUCUAGCAGCGUGCAAACCUUACCUGAAGUUCCACUUCGUACGCGACUCGCUUCACUUGCGAUUGACACCGCGCUAAAACUUCGCCGCUUAAUUCUUGAACGGCAUACACGUAUUCGGCACUGCAUAAUUUCUUGCCUUUACGCAGCGUGCCACUCCUGAAAAAUUCUUCGGCGCCCGAUAUUCGCUGCAGGCAGUGAUACAACACAACCGAAAGUGGCGGGUCCAUAUUGUAAACGUGCUUUCCGAAGCAGACGACCGAGCUUGGUACGACCCAUUUUAGGACAGAGCGCGCUCUUUAGCACCUUUUUCGCAGCGCCCCCUGGGCAAUGCAAGAGCCCCAUACGACCGGCCCGCUUGCGUUCGGAAAGCCUGUCUGUGCACUGUUUCGCGGGUAGCUGUUGGCUUUUCUGAGCAAUGCCGAAGUGCAACCCGAGCUGUUGCCUAGUGGACUGCAAGAGCACGUGCACCAACUCACGAGGAACAAAGUUUUACAGGUUUCCAAGCCAACCGUGUGAAGCAGAACGGCGUCAAUACUCUGGAUCGCGCACGUCCGACGGCAUACGCUGUUUUAUGUUCCGGCGUUAUGCCAAGUGCGUUAACGCUGAAUUCGUUGCUUUUACAGCAAUUAUGGCAGCAACGGGACACCAGUAGUGCUUACCAGGAUAUGCAGCAAACAAAGUUGUUUGUUUCCUCACUGUACCGCAGUAAAGCUGUGGAAUUCACUCUUUCCCGAUCAUCUUUCAAACAGCGCUAGGGCUUGUGAGAGCUACGAGGAGGGGUUGCAGCUGGCUCAGCUGGCAUACACCCUUCUGCGCCCAGCAUAUCAACUAAGGGGCAGUUGAGAUCACCAAAAUAUUUGACGACGUGGUUUAUUGGAACCUCCUUUGCACGCACUGAAAAAUCGCAACAUAAAAGCAUCGAACUUCCAGUAACUUGAGCGAAAAUUUCCUCACCUUUUUUGUGUUUGGGGAGAGCAAUGUUAGAAUACCUCGGGUAGGUCUUACGAGUCGUUCGUACAUCCCACGUUCUUGGAUGAGAUGUUUUGGAUUCGCAUUUGCCGUCCUGUAUGUACAAGGAAACUACCGCGGCGUGCUUGCACUUCCCUGCGAUGCCAGCACGGCAAUCGCAGCUCCCCGCUAGGAUUUGUCUGCUGCCGCCGAUCUUCAAGAAUCAAUGUCACCUAUAAUUUCAUGCGUCCACACCGUAGAUAACGAAGUAAAUUACGCUGCGCUUCACGCAUCUCGCUGGUGCGUUAUUUGUCGUUUGCGGAAUACACCUAGCAGUCACUUCCGAUCAUUGCGAGUUCAACACUUCCCUCACGUCGUAGACGUGCCCCACUUCAAGUAGACGACUUCCUUUCUCUAAAUUCUUUUCACGAAAAAAGCUGUCAAGAUCUUGUAAUUCCCGAAACUCGGUUAAAAUUAAUAUAGGUACGCUGUUUCGCGCCAUCGCUACCGUUUGACAGGGCGCCAAACACGUUGCGCGAGCUGCUGACGCCGUGAGUAAUCCUACCGCAUUCGCGCAACUAUUCGUCAGAUGGCGCUAGGGGUCGGAAAGACAUAAAGUCCCUCAACAGCGCCUCAAAAUAGAGGAGGCGUUGCCCUCAAUCUCCCAAAGUAGCGCCAUUCGCUUCCCUCCUCCUCCGCUCGGCGCGGCCUCGACGGUGGCGCCGCCGGUGGUGGGCCUGCUGUAGCAGACGACGGCUAACGCGCGACGUUGAGAGUUCGUAUUGCUGAAACACGACGCAAGCACGCGGCGUACUCAAACACGCACGUAAUUACCAAAGUUUCAGGUGUUGACAACGUGAAAGUAUGUGUACGUGGUUUCGUAGGUUCAUUCACGUACCUGCAGGACACUUUUUUUCGGUCACGUGUGAGAGAUUCCGGCUGUGUGCGGUCAGCAAUGCCUGGCAACAGGGCCGUUUUUUCAUUGCGGGGUGCUUUGGUAAUCGUGACGAUAUAUUGUUUUUUUUUUUUACAAGUACUGCUCCAGGAGGGCACAUGUAAUGGCUAACAGAGGCCUCUGAAGAGCACGUAACAUUACACUAAUGCAGGCGUCGCAGGGAGUGUUCGCAUACAAAAUUGGCUGCCCGCGAUCUUAUACCCCCUUGGCAUGCACAGGCUUCGGCGAGCCCCAUCCAGCGCUGGUUUUAGCUUUGGUGUUCCCAGUGCCGCUUUGGUGCGCCGGAGGCGCCGUCAAGAAUACGAAAUAAUGACAAGUUGUUACACUAGUAAAUAAAAUUUAUUGAAGAAAUACAAUUGCGCCGAGGCGUCAACUUCUAAAGCAGCGCUAGCGCGCGAGUAUUAUGGAACGCCAACGAGGAAUUUACCAGCCCACGUACGACUCUACGAUCAAAGUGCACGUUAAACAUCCCCAGGCGAGCUAGAUAAAGUUAUCCGGAACCAUCCACUACGACCUCCAUCCUAGCUUUAGUCGCUUCGGAACGUUAAAAACAUUAAUCACCACAAACCAAAUCUAUACAUCGGGCGUACAUUCGAAGCUAAAAGACUGCAUCGUAAGUCAUAGUGAGCCUUGCAAUAGCGUCGAGAAUGUGCUAACUUCUGGUGGAGCUCAAAACACACCCUGAAUAAAGUCGCUUUUAUGUCACAGGCCAGCUGCAGAUGCGUGCAUUUCACCGCAAGACGAUACUACAUGAAACAAAGAGAGCACAUUCGAAAAAAGAAAGUCAAACGACGCGCUAAAAACCACGCAGAGCAUGAACACCCACUUUUUCGAAGCGGAAGGCGUGAACUAGGCUCAAAAUCAGAGCUUGUGAGUAGCCGUGGCCCUUACUUCACUAAGCCGUGCGUUCUUUGCCACUUCCUCGAAGUCAGCCCGCCCGAUCCUGCGAAUCCACACUUCUUUUUGCGUUGCGCCCGCCGGACGGCAAAGCAAAAACCUUUUUGUCCUCGCUGUGUCUGUUGUGGCAACCGAAGGCGCAGCAGCAUGGAAUCGCAAUUAAGUUCUCGGCCCUGCACAUUCUAUUACGCUAACGCACUCCGUCAGUCCGCCUGCCGUACUUUCGUCGCGCAGGCCCAAGAAUGGAGGUCGGUGCGCGCUGGAAAGAAAAAAUAUACAAAAGCGCGGCGCCUGCUCCGCGCUGGAAAGAAAAAAAUAUACAAAAGCGCGGCGCCCGCUUCCACGUGACACAGAUUGGCCAAUGGGGGAGCGGAGGAGGCUGGGGCGACAGGAGGCGUGGAGGAGGACGCGCCAGGGUGAGCGGGGUGGCGGAAAGAUCUAAGAAUGGCGCUACUUUUGGAAAAUUGAGGGGCUUUAGAAAGACAGGGCGCCGCCUAGCACUUUCAACGUGCCCAUACGCCGAUACGACGCAGGUCAAAGUAGCGACGUCGCUCGUGUACUUCAGUUGGCUACUGGUGUGGCUAAUAACGGCUGCGAUACUGACUUUUCUAGAUGGUGCUAGCUGUGCACCAUAUUUGUCAUUUUAUGAUACAACCUGGCGUGUUUUUAAAAUCCUUGAAUCUAAGCCGACCCUAGAGUUUGGCAUAUGAUCACUAAAAAAAAACUGUCGGCCUAGAUUCGAAUAAAUACGUACUAUAGUCUUCUGCUGCUGAGUGUAAGCUUGCAGGUAUUAUACUCAGUGGUAGCGGCAGUACUAUGAUGGGGACUGAAUCCAAAAAAUGCUUGAGCUUUGGGGGCACAUAAAAAUAAUCUGGAGCCCUCCGCCAUUGCAUAUCUUAUGACUCUGUUGCUUUAAAAUCUUCAACUAAAUAAAUAAAUAAAUAGCAUUUAUUCAUUGCAAGAAGAGAUGAACUUUUCAAUGAACUUUGUUCAUAAAGGGAAAACGUCGUGUUAAGGGGUGUUGUGAUAGAAGCAGAGGCAUCUUUAGACAUCUGCAGUAAUGCAGCCAUCACAUUGACACUAUGCGACUACAUUUAACAGGUACUGAAAGGAGCUGAUUAAUGUGAAUGCUUUAUUAUUAGCACUGAAAAAAAUCCAAGUGGCGCUUCAUGAGCCACCAGCCCAGGUACCCUUUCUAGCGUUUUAUCAAACCUCAAGAGGCUGCGCUUAUCAUCAAUACACACUAGACAGGCACUUCUGUAAGUGUAUAAGAAAAAAAAAUUGUUUGGCGUUUUUUAACAUUGUCUCCAAAGUUUGCAAUUUGGAAUUGUUUCUUAAUGGCUAACCGAUGUCGAAGUGCGAGAGUUAGCUAUAAAUCCUUUGCGAAGUUUGUGCUUCACUGCUGCAUUUGUGUUGUCCCGCUUACAUGUAUACCACUGUUUCCAAUUUAUGCUCCACUCCAGUGCUCACUUUCUGAUGCCUUCUUUUUGUACUACUUGAGAACAUUGACUUCAAACCGACUAGCCUUACUUUAUGCUUGCACUCAGGUUUGUGCUAUCACAGUGUUAAAUUAAUAUAUAGCGAUACACAACUGGAGUCCUAUUCUGGACAUGCGUGGUGACUGAACGGUCGUCAUUUUCUACCUAGUUGACACUGAUUGGUUGUCGAGAGGUAACGUGUUCUUAAAUUUGGGCCGGGAAGCGGAAGUUUUACAAAAUGCAGUUUUGGGUUUUCAUCAAGAUGACGAAACGUGACGUGGAGCUGCAAAUUUUAUCGACUAAUACUUUUUUCUGGUCCUUGGCAGCUAUAUUGCGACGUUAGCACUUCAAAAAGAAAGUGAGUGGUAGUGUGCAGAAGCCCGUGCAAUGCAUCUGCAAUUUCGCGAUUAUGUGGUGGCAGUUCAAGAUAGCCGCCAUGUCAAUUUGCUGAUUGGCUGAAGGAAUAUGCCAUGAGGAUCGUCACAGGAAGGGCUGUUCCGUAAACGUCAAUUUGACAUUGCGUGACGUUGCGCUGGGCCGUCAUUGCAGACAUUUGCCUCCAUAAUUUGUGGUGUGGCGAGCCGCGCAAAUUUUGCUGAUGAGUUGCCAUAUGCAAUAGCGUUCGAGAGGCAUACGUAUCGCUGCAUUUUCCCCGUCAUUUGGGGCCGUGAAAAUCUUUUGUUCAUAACGCAUGCUCAUAGUAUUUGGAUCGCAGUCAGGAUGUGUUGGCAUUUGUGUUUUUUUGGGUCAUCAUAUUUUAAAAAACGUGCUUAUUUGAAAUAAUAUUGGUUGAACAUUACAAGCCUUCUACAACCUUUUGCACUUUUCACUGCUGCGUUUGUAUUGUAAUCAAGAUUAAUUACUUUUCACAUCAAUGUACGCAAGGUGGCGUCUUGAAGUUUCGUCACGCGGUGCAAGUAAGCAGCAACACAAGCACCGGCAGUGCCCGUGCUUGUGUCGCGCAAGCGGAUACCUGUGGCACGCGCAACACUGCGGUGAUAUUCGGCUGCUUUUCAGCCAGUCAAGUUGGGCUGAGUUACUCGCAUUUCACAAGAUGACGAUAAUGCAGACAGGACAUGCGCUCAUCACCACUGGUAGGUCACGUAUACUGUCUCAAGGUAGAAAACAAGCACGUUGGGGGCAGUUUACGACUACUCAUUUAGUUUUCCAAGGAAACGCAUCCUAGCUACUGAAGUAGCCGACGGCUUGUACGCUAGAGACGACGGAAGCGAGAAACAUUUUCGACAGAAUAAUCGUGCACUUUGAACUAGUUGCUUUAUUUUUACUGAGGAAAACUGUUUUGCUUCAUCAAGAACGCUGGGUUCAAUGCCUUGAUUUCAGUUUCCGAGGCAGAACGUCAAGUUUGCUUCACGUUACGAAAGCAAAACGGGGCCAUCAGCGCCAUUUUGUACACGUUGCACCUACGUCACACCUUGAAGAAAAUGGCAGAAUCUCCAGAAUAGAGCCACUGAACACCCUUAUCUUCCCAUUUGUUUGUAGUUGCUAGACCACACGAGCAGAAAGUGCACGCUUGUGCAUUACUCCUGCACUAAUCUGAUUUUGAAUGUUUUUGUUUUAAGUUUGUUGCUUAAAUUGAAUGCUGUAUACAAAGACUAAAGAGUCCAUUUUCCCAAGUUUGUCUGUCUGGGCAGCUAAACCGUUUCUUCCAGACCUGUCGUGGUUGAAAAAAAAAAAAAGGAAGUCUGUUUUGUUACAGUAUGUACCAGAAGCCUUUCACAGGCCGCGAGAUGAUAAAAAGUAUUCGCGCUCUUUUAAGCAUAGCUGCCUAAAAGCAGUAGGUGUGAAGUGCUAUAAGUUUAGAUGCUUGGAAAACCUUGUUUGCAAGAACAAGAAUUACUAAGGUGUCCGUGGAGAACCACACAUUCACAUGACACUUCUUGUGGCUCUUGGCUGACUUCCCACUUACCUAAAUUAUGGUGCAGUGUCAUUUCAAUAUACACGUAAUGAAUCAUAUCCUGUUAGUUGCUUUCUUCUUUGAUUUUACGUUUGCUUCUCGCAUUGUUUAGAAGCGUGAUGGACAUUGUAGUGCUGAUUUGUAUGCAUAAUGCAUUUAUAAGCUAUGUUUAUGUCAUGUGCAUUUGCAGUUCGUGUUUAUCGAAUGAGCUGCUUGUCUUGGAGAUAUUUUAGAGUGCAGCUCGUAGGCUCCCGUUCCUGCAUUGAGCAUCGGCGUGCCUCGGCAUCGUAUCUCGUAACCGAGCGAACGAGCUCAGCAAAAGUUAAAUGCGAAUGCGAAGUGCAGUGGGAGAUGAAAGAAGAAAGCGCAAGAAAGAAACUGGAGGAGGAGGCUACAGUGAAAGCGUGAGGCGGAAAGUGGAGGAGGAGCGGAGGGGAAACACCUUGCAGUAAGUUGCCCGUAUCCGCAGCCGCGUGGGCGAUCUCAUCUAUACGUCCGAGCGGGAGGCGAGGUGGCGUGAGGUGGGGAGGGCUACGCUUGUCUGCGGUGUCAGCUGCUGAGGUCAGUCCGCGGUCCAGUGUGUGUGACGGGGAUCACUGCUCCCACAAGGGGUGAUGGUGAACGGCUACAAGUAAGGCUCGAUGUGACGCUUUGGUUGUCGCCGCUACUGACACUGUUGGCAUAAUUUCCUGGGGAUGAAGAGCCACUCUUAUCGUUAGUGGAACGGGCCGCUCUCGUCGUUGGUAAUCGUCGGUGAUUUUUUUUUUUCAGUGGAAAUCCAGCUUAUUGCAUUUAUUUUGUGCCUGUGCUCACCACCCACUUUUUUUCUGGCUUCUCACAUGAGCAGCAUACAUAUUUUAGUUUCAUUCUUUAGUUGGUGGUGUGUUUCAACUAUUGUACUUGCAUUUGUUUAGAACUUUACAUUUUCUUGUGGGCAGGGAAAUUAUGGGGAGUUGCAUGGGCAGUACUGUUUAUGAUUCAGCUCUUUGUUGACCGAAGCUGAGUUCCGGCUUCAGCUUGUCCUAUUCUGAUUUGAUGCCUGUGACAUUUUGUUUUUAUGCACCUAACUGUUAGGUGCUGCAGGUUGCCAAGAGUGUUGGUGCUACUGUAUAGUUGUGAUUCUUUAGGAUAUUCCUAUCAUUGUUUUACAUAUUGAGUUUCUGACGCAGUUAUGCAGUGCCCUUCGUGCCUUUUGAAUUAAAUAUUGUUACAGGGAUGUUGGGAGUACAGAAAGAGUGUAUUUACAAUAUAUAUAUAUAUAUAUAUAUAUAUAUAUAUAUAUAUAUAUAUAUAAUACACAAAAUGAGUCGGAGUAAAGAUGGCUGACCACCACCAACAACACGCAGCAGUCAGCGUCCCAUGAUCUUCUUCCUCUCUCUUUCAUCAUUCUGUAACAAUAUUAAUCAGGUUGGUCAACAGAAACCUUGGAAAACAAUGGUAGCACUCUCAAAAUGAAUCAAAUUGAGGUGCAUAAUGUAUACAAGUAGCCCAGAACAAGCAGCCGCUUAGUCAAGAGUACAAGUCCUGUCACUAUGUAGUCACAUUUAGAUACUCAUUUUAAGGUAAAGAGCAGAAUGUUUAAAGAAAUAUUGAUGAUCAUUGAUAGAAAGGUGGUUAGAAAUCUUCUCAAAGGAAUGAUAAAUGCAAAAGUAUGAAGGCUGCCACUUUGCUGGUUGAGUGCCUGCUCCUGGACAUGAGUUGCAAUCACUGGCAGCAAGACAGAAGUUCAGUGACUGAAAGUGAGGGCUGGCGACUACAGCACCAACUGAAAGUUGCAGAAAGUAGGGUGAUGACAGUAGCUGCUUCUAUGUCUCUGGUGACAGGUUAUACCAGUCCAAGCCACCUCUGAAUUUGACCAUGCAUGAAGACUCUUAUAGGCAAGGAUACACUUCAAAUUACCAUGUUAUCAUAAUAGAAGUAUAAACACCGUCAGACUGCAUAACUGCAUGGAAAGCUUUGAAAGUGCUUAGUGAGCAUGAACAGAAACUUAUAAGCGGAACUGGUGACCUUCAGACAAUCAAAUUUGAAGCUGCAAUGUGGUCUUGUCAUUCUUAUUUCUACCAUAUUUUUUAACUGGAAAGUAUGGUGCAUUAGUACGAAGUUGAACUCAGCAUAAUGUAAACUUGCAUAUUUCACAGUUAUGGUUAACUCAAAACAGUCUUGAAUUUCGUUUGCUCACAGCACUUUCACUCCAUUAUUAUUGUUAUUGCUUACCUAAUUAAUAUGUGACCUAAAGCUUUAGGUCAGAUGUUCUAGCCCCUCUGGUGAAGUAGCACAGCUUCUGCAGCUGUACAUAAAAAAAGGAGUGGUAUAGAACAAGUGAAAACCAAUGUGUUGGUGUUGGAGAGCUUGUAUUGUGUUGCUGAAGCACCUGACUGUGGCUGGUUGAGAAUAUUUGAUGACAUUGCCAUGAAAUACUUGUUUUGCAGUUAUCACUUGGGUGUGCAUGUACCUGAUAUUACCUAGGUUUCUCUAGAACUAGACAUACACUUUGUAUAAUGGCAUAAGGAACUUUGUUAGAAUGUGUCUUAUUCAAGUUCAGAUAAUUCAUACUUGUGCUAAUCAGUCAAGAAUUAGCACUCCCAAAGAAUUUUAAUUAAUAAAGAGCACUGUUCCUGGUUUGCUUGGUCUAGUUGAAUUUGAGCCCUGGGAAUUUGUUCUAGGAAUCAUCUUUGCUUAUACUGUUAUUGUUUUUCACGAAGAAGAAAAUAAAGAGUACGGCUUGACUAA